AAAAAGUAGAUGAUGAUGAUGUUCAUUAAUCAUGAAUCACUUAUUUCUAGAACAAACAAAAAGGCCACCCAUUUGACUACUGUGCAAGUUAUCUAUUUUUUAAAUAUUUUGCAAUUCAAAGAUGUAUUGAUAAAGAUAACAUAUUAGUCAUUGUUGAUAUUGAAUCAUUUUGAAUAACUGCUGAAUGAAUAAAUGAAUGAAUGAAUACAAUGUAAUGUGACGCAGAAAAUUUAGAACAAUAGGUAGAUGUUCUUCCCGUUUUCAACAAUCAUAAUUGUUUUACCAGUUUCAUUAUUUGUUGCUUUUACAAUACACAGCAAAAGUACCGAUCAAAAAUCCACACACCAUGUGAGGUAAAGCCACUUCAAUUCCGUAUGAUUUUUUUGUCCGUGCUGGCUCGUGGAUAAAAAAAUCUCAAGAUAAAUCAUUGCAGUGCUAUCGCUAGACCACUUAAUAAUUUCAAGCAAGAAUUAAACAGAGGCACGUUGCAGCCGUCCGAUAGCUUUUAUCACUUUCGAUGGCACUUCAACUGUCCUGCAAACUAUCGAUAAAGUUUGCAAUUUGUGCCUACUAGUUUCUCAGUAGCACGUAUAGCCUUCGAUUGAAAACUUGUCAAACACAGCCCGGAAAUAUGUCUCCAUUCCGGAAUAUGAUCUCCAUACUCCUCGCUGUACUAUCUGUACCGCUAGUACUGUGCAGUAACGAAUGCGCUAGCAACACCCAAUCUGUAGCUCAAAUGGUGCCACACUCCGAAAACUGCGAGCAAUACAUCGUUUGUGUAGGACGCAUUAGGGUUUUGAGAUCUUGCCCAACGGGCACAGCAUGGGAUCCUACGCAGAAGAGUUGCACUUCAAGCGCAAUAGCAGUGCGAUGCCGAAAGAAACGAAAGAUGACCAUGGUCAGCUCAGACGUGACAAACGCACGAUCAAGUGCAGAUAUCGAAGCAUCGAUAUCCUGCACCAUCGAUGGAUCUUGCCCAGCGGUAUUCGAUCCGACCCAUUUGGUGCUGAGACCUCACAACAACUGUGAAAAGUACUACCUUUGCAUCUCUUUUCUUCCGGUGGUAUUGACGUGCCCCAAGCAGUUGCACUUCAAUCGUCAGUCCUGUGAAUGUGACCUUCCAAGUAAUGCACAGUGUGAAACGUUCACAUCCACAGAACCUCAGCCUACAACGGUUACGGAAACUACUCCAACAGAAGAAAUGCCUUCCACUGUAACAGAGACUGCAUCAACAGAAGGAGAACCUACUACUGUUACGGAGACCACAUCAACAGAACCAGAGCCUACAACUGUUACGGAAACAACUCCAACAGAACCAGAGCCUACAACUGUUACUGAAACAACUCCAACAGAACCAGAGCCUUCUACUGUAACAGAGACUGCAUCAACAGAAGGAGAACCUACUACAGUAACGGAGACCACAUCAACAGAACCAGAGCCUACAACUGUUACGGAAACAACUCCAACAGAAGAAGUUCCUUCUACCGUGACAGAGACUACAGCAACAGAACCAGAGCCUACAACUGUUACGGAAACAACUCCAACAGAACCAGAGCCUUCAACUGUAACAGAGACUGCAUCAACAGAAGGAGAACCUACUACAGUUACGGAGACCACAUCAACAGAACCAGAGCCUACAACUGUUACGGAAACAACUCCAACAGAAGAAGUUUCUUCAUCCGUGACAGAGACGACAGCAACAGAACCAGAGCCUACAACUGUUACGGAAACAACUCCAACAGAACCAGAGGCUUCUACUGUAACAGAGACUGCAUCAACAGAAGGAGAUCCUACUACAGUUACGGAAACCACAUCAACAAAACCAGAGCCUACAACUGUUACGGAAACAACUCCAACAGAAGAAGUUCCUUCCACUGUAACAGAGACUGCAUCAACAGAAGGAGAACCUACUACUGUUACGGAGACCACAUCAACAGAACCAGAGCCUACAACUGUUACGGAAACAAGUCCAACAGAACCAGAGCCUUCUACUGUAACAGAGACUGCAUCAACAGAAGGAGAACCUACUACAGUAACGGAGACCACAUCAACAGAACCAGAGCCUACAACUGUUACGGAAACAACUCCAACAGAAGAAGUUCCUUCUACCGUGACAGAGACGACAGCAACAGAACCAGAGCCUACAACUGUUACGGAAACAACUCCAACAGAACCAGAGCCUUCUACUGUAACAGAGACUGCAUCAACAGAAGGAGAACCUACUACAGUUACGGAGACCACAUCAACAGAACCAGAGCCUACAACUGUUACGGAAACAACUCCAACAGAAGAAGUUUCUUCAUCCGUGACAGAGACGACAGCAACAGAACCAGAGCCUACAACUGUUACGGAAACAACUCCAACAGAACCAGAGGCUUCUACUGUAACAGAAACUGCAUCAACAGAAGGAGAACCUACUACAGUUACGGAGACCACAUCAACAGAACCAGAGCCUACAACUGUUACGGAAACAACUCCAACAGAAGAAGUUUCUUCAUCCGUGACAGAGACGACAGCAACAGAACCAGAGCCUACAACUGUUACGGAAACAACUCCAACAGAACCAGAGCCUACAACUGUUACGGAAACAACUCCAACAGAACCAGAGCCUUCUACUGUAACAGAGACUGCAUCAACAGAAGGAGAACCUACUACAGUUACGGAGACCACAUCAACAGAACCAGAGCCUACAACUGUUACGGAAACAACUCCAACAGAAGAAGUUCCUUCUACCGUGACAGAGACGACAGCAACAGAACCAGAGCCUACAACUGUUACGGAAUCAACUCCAACAGAACCAGAGCCUACAACUGUUACGGAAACAACUCCAACAGAACCAGAGCCUUCUACUGUAACAGAGACUGCAUCAACAGAAGGAGAACCUACUACAGUUACGGAGACCACAUCAACAGAACCAGAGCCUACAACUGUUACGGAAACAACUCCAACAGAACCAGAGCCUACAACUGUUACGGAAACAACUCCAACAGAACCAGAGCCUACAACUGUUACGGAAACAACUCCAACAGAACCAGAGCCUUCUACUGUAACAGAGACUGCGUCAACAGAAGGAGAACCUACUACAGUUACGGAGACCACAUCAACAGAACCAGAGCCUACAACUGUUACGGAAACAACUCCAACAGAACCAGAGCCUACAACUGUUACGGAAACAACUCCAACAGAAGAAGUUCCUUCUACCGUGACAGAGACGACAGCAACAGAACCAGAGCCUACAACUGUUACGGAAACAACCCCAACAGAAGAAGUUCCUUCUACCGUGACAGAGACGAUAGCAACAGAACCAGAGCCUACAACUGUUACGGAAACAACUCCAACAGAACCAGAGCCUACAACUGUUACGGAAACAACUCCAACAGAACCAGAGCCUUCUACUGUAACAGAGACUGCAUCAACAGAAGGAGAACCUACUACAGUUACGGAGACGACAGCAACAGAACCAGAGCAUACAACUGUUACGGAAACAACUCCAACAGAAGAAGUUCCUUCUACCGUGACAGAGACGACAGCAACAGAACCAGAGCCUACAACUGUUACGGAAACAACUCCAACAGAAGAAGUUCCUUCUACCGUGACAGAGAUAACAGCAACAGAACCAGAGCCUACAACUGUUACGGAAACAACUCCAACAGAACCAGAGCAUACAACUGUAAUGGAAACAACUCCAACAGAACCAGAGCCUUCUACUGUAACAGAGACUGCAUCAACAGAAGGUGAACCUACUACAGUUACGGAGACCACAUCAACAGAACCAGAGCCUACAACUGUUACGGAAACAACUCCAACAGAACCAGAGCCUACAACUGUUACGGAAACAACUCCAACAGAACCAGAGCCUACAACUGUUACGGAAACAACUCCAUCAGAACCAGAGCCUUCUACUGUAACAGAGACUGCAUCAACAGAAGGAGAACCUACUACAGUUACGGAGACCACAUCAACAGAACCAGAGCCUACAACUGUUACGGAAACAACUCCAACAGAAGAAGUUCCUUCUACCGUGACAGAGACGACAGCAACAGAACCAGAGCCUACAACUGUUACGGAAACAACUCCAACAGAAGAAGUUCCUUCUACCGUGACAGAGACAACAGCAACAGAGCCAGAGCCUACAACUGUUACGGAAACAACUCCAACAGAACCAGAGCCUACAACUGUUACGGAAACAACUCCAACAGAACCAGAGCAUACAAUUGUAACAGAGACUGCAUCAACAGAAGGAGAACCUACUACAGUUACGGAGACGACAGCAACAGAACCAGAGCAUACAACUGUUACGGAAACAACUCCAACAGAAGAAGUUCCUUCUACCGUGACAGAGACGACAGCAACAGAACCAGAGCCUACAACUGUUACGGAAACAACUCCAACAAAACCAGAGCCUACAACUGUUACGGAAACAACUUCAAUAGAACCAGAACCUUCUACUGUAACAGAGACUGCAUCAACAGAAGGAGAACCUACUACAGUUACGGAGACCACAUCAACAGAACCAGAGCCUACAACUGUUACGGAAACAACUCCAACAGAAGAAGUUCCUUCUACCGUGACAGAGACGACAGCAACAGAACCAGAGCCUACAACUGUUACGGAAACAACUCCAACAGAAGAAGUUCCUUCUACCGUGACAGAGACGACAGCAACAGAACCAGAGCCUACAACUGUUACGGAAACAACUCCAACAGAAGAAGUUCCUUCUACCGUGACAGAGACGACAGCAAUAGAACCAGAGCCUACAACUGUUACGGAAACAAUUCCAACAGAACCAGAGCAUACAACUGUUACGGAAACAACUCCAACAGAACCAGAGCCUUCUACUGUAACAGAGACUGCAUCAACAGAAGGAAAACCUACUACAGUUACGGAGACCACAUCAACAGAACCAGAGCCUACAACUGUUACGGAAACAACUCCAACAGAAGAAGUUCCUUCUACCGCGACAGAGACUACAGCAACAGAACCAGAGCCUACAUCUGUUACGGAAACAACUCCAACAGAACCAGAGCCUACAACUGUUACGGAAACAACUCCAACAGAACCAGAGCCUUCUACAGUAACAGAGACUGCAUCAACAGGAGGAGAAUCUACUACAGUUACGGAGACCACAUCAACAGAACCAGAGCCUACAACUGUUACGGAAACAACUCCAACAGAACCAGAGCCUACAACUGUUACGGAAACAACUCCAACAGAACCAGAGCCUACAACUGUUACGGAAACAACUCCAACAGAACCAGAGCUUUCUACUGUAACAGAGACUGCGUCAACAGAAGGAGAACCUACUACAGUUACGGAGACCACAUCAACAGAACCAGAGCCUACAACUGUUACGGAAACAACUCCAACAGAAGAAGUUCCUUCUACCGUGACAGAGACGACAGCAACAGAACCAGAACAUACAACUGUUACGGAAACAACUCCAACAGAAGAAGUUCCUUCUACCGUGACAGAGACGACAGCAACAGAACCAGAGCCUACAACUGUUACGGAAACAACUCCAACAGAAGAAGUUCCUUCUACCGUGACAGAGAUAACAGCAACAGAACCAGAGCCUACAACUGUUACGGAAACAACUCCAACAGAACCAGAGCAUACAACUGUAACGGAAACAACUCCAACAGAACCAGAGCCUUCUACUGUAACAGAGACUGCAUCAACAGAAGGUGAACCUACUACAGUUACGGAGACCACAUCAACAGAACCAGAGCCUACAACUGUUACGGAAACAACUCCAACAGAACCAGAGCCUACAACUGUUACGGAAACAACUCCAACAGAACCAGAGCCUACAACUGUUACGGAAACAACUCCAUCAGAACCAGAGCCUUCUACUGUAACAGAGACUGCAUCAACAGAAGGAGAACCUACUACAGUUACGGAGACCACAUCAACAGAACCAGAGCCUACAACUGUUACGGAAACAACUCCAACAGAAGAAGUUCCUUCUACCGUGACAGAGACGACAGCAACAGAACCAGAGCCUACAACUGUUACGGAAACAACUCCAACAGAAGAAGUUCCUUCUACCGUGACAGAGACAACAGCAACAGAACCAGAGCCUACAACUGUUACGGAAACAACUCCAACAGAACCAGAGCCUACAACUGUUACGGAAACAACUCCAACAGAACCAGAGCAUACAAUUGUAACAGAGACUGCAUCAACAGAAGGAGAACCUACUACAGUUACGGAGACGACAGCAACAGAACCAGAGCAUACAACUGUUACGGAAACAACUCCAACAGAAGAAGUUCCUUCUACCGUGACAGAGACGACAGCAACAGAACCAGAGCCUACAACUGUUACGGAAACAACUCCAACAAAACCAGAGCCUACAACUGUUACGGAAACAACUCCAAUAGAACCAGAACCUUCUACUGUAACAGAGACUGCAGCAACAGAAGGAGAACCUACUACAGUUACGGAGACCACAUCAACAGAACCAGAGCCUACAACUGUUACGGAAACAACUCCAACAGAAGAAGUUCCUUCUACCGUGACAGAGACGACAGCAAUAGAACCAGAGCCUACAACUGUUACGGAAACAAUUCCAACAGAACCAGAGCCUACAACUGUUACGGGAACAACUCCAACAGAACCAGAGCCUUCUACUGUAACAGAGACUGCAUCAACAGAAGGAGAACCUACUACAGUUACGGAGACCACAUCAACAGAACCAGAGCCUACAACUGUUACGGAAACAACUCCAACAGAAGAAAAGCCUUCUACCGUGACAGAGACGACAGUAACCGAACCAGAGCCUACAACUGUUACGGAAACAACUCCAACAGAACCAGAGCCUUCUACUGUAACAGAGACUGUAUCAACAGAACCAGAUCCUACUACAGUUACAGAGACCACAUCAACAGAACCACAGCCUACAACUGUUACGGAAACAACUCCAACAGAACCAGAGCCUUCUACUGUAACAGAAACUGCAUCAACAGAAGGAGAACCUACUACAGCUAAGGAGACUACAUCAACAGAACCAGAACCUACAACUGUUACGGAAACAACUCCAACAGAAGUAGAGCCUUCUACUGUAACAAAGACUGCACCAACAGAAGGAGAGUCUACUACAGUAACGGAGAGCACAUCAACAGAAGGAGAAUCUACUACAUCGACAGCAAACAUGCCAUCUACUGUAACGGGCACUACUUCAACAGAAGCAACAACCACAUCUUCAACACAUUCGUCGGAUGCUCCUUCGACUACGACGAUCGCAACCAUCACUACAACGGCGGCCGCCACUCCAAAACCUCCCCUUGCUGAGCAGAUCAUUAUUGCUGUGGGCAAAACUAUCCAAAUUGUGGACAGCUUGUCGCAAAUAUUCUUCAACUUUAUUCAGCAGAGUUAAUUAGGAAAGCGACCGUCAAGACUGACCAGCUAGACAUUUCUUUUUUCACCUCGCUCUUCGUCUCACUCUCUCUCUCUUAUCCAUAGUAUCGAAUUGAAAAUCUUUUUGCAACUCUUGCGUAAAUUCUUGGUAUAUUAUGUCUUUCAGCGAUUUUUUUUUUCCAAUGAGCUUGAGACAGCCUUGUUAUUAACUAUGAUGAACAAAUGUACAAAUGCUGUAAUGAACAAAUAAAUGUUAAAAUGAUGUGUUAAACAAUAAUUUUUGUUUUCGUUAUUCUGUGUUAUCUUGAUACAAUAUAUCAUCAAUCUUA